AUGGCUAAACCCUAUGCUGAACGCGCAAAAAACUUUUCCAACGUCGCAGCGAAGUCGCUGCUCGAGGUGAUGGAAAGAAAGCAGACGAACCUCUGUGUCAGUGUAGAUGUAACAAAGACCGCCAAUCUGCUCCGAAUAGUUGCCGCCGUCGCCCCCUUCGUCUGCCUUAUAAAGACCCACGUCGAUGUGAUAGAGGACUUUGAUCCUGAAUUUAUCGACCAGCUUAAGUCUCUGAGCACGGAGCACGACUUCCUCAUUUUUGAAGAUCGUAAAUUUGCUGACAUUGGAAAUACGGUCUCACUCCAAUAUUCAAGCGGGAUACACAAGAUUGCGUCUUGGGCCCACAUAACCAACGCACAUCCCAUCCCGGGCCCGGGGAUCAUCGAAGGUCUGGCCUCUGUCGGACUCCCACUCGAUAGGGGUCUUUUGCUGCUAUCUGAGAUGAGCUCAACGGGGACACUCGCCACGGGCUUUAUCGCCAUGAAGGGCAUUUCAAAGGAUGCAGACACUCCUCCUGACGAGGAUUUCUUAAUUCUGACCCCCGGAGUAGGGCUUGAUGUGAAAGGAGAUGCUCUUGGUCAGCAAUACAGGACGCCACAAGAAGUCAUCGCUGCAGGUGCUGACGUGAUUAUUGUCGGGAGAGGCAUUUAUGGGAAAGGAGAAGGCUACCCUACUAAGGAGAUUGUCCAACAGGCAGAAGCUUAUCAACAGCGGUUGAAACAAGAUGCUUAAGUACGUCAGAACGGUCUGUUUACGAUGAUUACAUGGUCAUGCUAAAAGUGCGGCAAUAAACUCCCCGUCAUUUCUGGCCAGGAUUGGCAUAGCGCUGUACAGCCCGUUUCCGCGCUUCAGCAUGCUCCACCAAGGGCGCGGGGUACCCCAGCUUCUUGAAGGUGUUCUUAUCCAAAUUCUGGUAUGGGUUAUAAAGUGCUAGAAUCUUUUGGUACCAUGGUUGAGACCCUCCUGAAGUACUGCGCUCACCUUUUCCUUUGAGAUGUUUUAAUUCUGGAACGAAAUGUCGAAUAUAAUUGCCUGGAUGGGGUAUCUAAACUUUCCUGUUAAUGAAUCUAGAGGG